AUGGCUACCCCUCGGAGUGUUCAGAGGUUGCAACAGACAUUGUCUCAUGUCCAGGCGCCGGCUGCGCCGCUGCAGUGGUCGAUUGUCGCGGGCCCGACGCAGCCCGACCUGUUGGACAUCACCCUAGGAGAACUGCUCACGAUACAGGCGUUACAGUAUGGCGACUAUGAAUGUUUAGUAUUUCCAUGGACUGGAGCGCGAUGGACCUAUGCCGACUUGAAAGAGGAGGCUGAUCGUCUUGCACGAGGAAUGUUGGCUAUGGGCAUUCAGAAAGGCGAUCGCAUCGGAAUCAUGGCGGGCAAUUGCGAACAGUACAUCUCUGUUUUCUUUGCUGCCGCCCGGGUCGGUGCCAUUCUAGUUGUGUUGAAUAACACCUACACUCCGUCCGAGCUCUACUAUGCGCUCAAUCACACCGACUGCCGACUGCUCUUCAUGACACCACACAUUGGACGCCAUAACCUCGAAGAAGUCCUAGCUGAGCUUGGGCCCAAGCCCAAGCAGAAUGGCACCUCGAAAUCCUUGGAAGAAAUUGUGAUCUUACGUAAAACAUACCAAAAUUUCACCAUCUACGAAGAAGUGAUCGGUCGUGGUUUAUCGCAAGCGCCUCAUGAGCUACAGGAUCGCGAAGCCGAACUGAGGCCUAGUGAUGUCUGUAAUCUGCAAUUUACCAGCGGCUCAACUGGAAAUCCUAAGGCGGCCAUGUUGACACAUCAUAACCUGGUGAAUAACUCACGAUUCAUUGGCGACCGCAUGAAUCUCACGUCUUUCGAUAUUCUGUGCUGCCCACCCCCACUAUUCCACUGCUUUGGGCUGGUCCUAGGCAUGCUGGCAGUGGUGACGCAUGGAUCCAAGAUUGUCUUCCCCAGUGAGACCUUUGACCCCAAAGCGGUACUGCACGCGAUCUCAGAUGAAAAAUGCACUGCUCUGCAUGGAGUACCAACAAUGUUUGAGGCCAUUCUAAGUGUCCCCAAGCCUCCUAACUUUGAUACCUCCAAUUUGCGCACCGGAAUCAUUGCUGGCGCACCAGUUCCCCGGCCUCUCAUGAAGCGAUUGUUGGAGGAGCUAAACAUGACCGAGUACACGAGCAGCUAUGGGCUUACCGAGGCAUCUCCCACUUGUUUUAAUGCCUUCACGACCGACAGCAUCCACACCCGACUGACGACCGUCGGCAAGGUUCUGCCUCAUGCGCGUGCGAAGAUUGUGGAUGCCAAGGGCAAUAUCCUACCCAUUGGUCAGCGAGGCGAGCUAUGCAUUGCAGGGUAUCAACUUACCAAGGGCUACUGGCAUAAUCCAGAAAAGACUGCGGAGACUCUCGUCACCGACGCAGACGGCGUGACGUGGCUGAAGACCGGCGACGAGGCCUCGUUCAACGAGCAAGGGUAUUGCAGUAUAACCGGCCGCUUUAAAGACAUCAUCAUCCGUGGUGGCGAGAACAUCUAUCCACUGGAGAUUGAAGAGCGCUUGGCUGCCCAUCCACAUAUCGAGCUGGCCUCUGUUAUCGGCAUCCCCGACCAGAAGUACGGUGAAGUCGUUGGUGCGUUCAUCCAACUUGCGCCAGGCCAAAGCCGCCCGACUGAUGACGAGCUACGAUCCUGGACUCGCGAGACGCUCGGACGUCACAAGGCACCGCAGUUUGUGUUUGUCUUCGGUGAGGAAGGAGUGCCCAACACGGUACCUGUCACGGGCAGCGGAAAAGUCCGGAAAGUGGAGUUGCGGCAAAUGGCGACCGCGGCGCUGGCGCGGCGAAGCCGUUAG